CUCUGUCCCCAGGGUGGCUGAGAGGAGCAGGGCUUCACGGAGCACAGACCACACAACAUGACGGUGUCCCCCACACCUGAAUAUCCAGGAUCUGACAAUUCAACGCAGAAUAGUGAAGGUCAUAGUUCAUCUGGAAGCCUUAACUGGCUGAACAUCCUCUCUCUGCUCAUUGCCCCUCUCGGGCUGGUGGGGAACGGAGCCGUCCUGUGGCUCCUGGGCUUCGGCAUCCGGAGGAAUCACUUCUCUGUCUACAUCCUCAACCUGGCGGCGGCCGACGCCCUCUUCCUUUUUUUCUCUUUUCUUAGCUCCAUUCUUAGAUUUUUUCCAUUUUUCGAUUUAACACGGAAAAUUCUGUCAUUCUUCACAUCCAUGUCCUACACCGUGGGCCUGAGCCUCCUGGCCGCGAUCAGCACCGAGCGCUGUCUCUCCGCGCUCUUCCCCCUCUGGUACCGAUGUCGCCGCCCCAAGCACACGUCGGCCGCGGUCUGCGCUGUCCUCUGGGCUCUGAUCGGGACGCUCUGGUUACUUUAUUUUGUUCUUUGGUAUCAUUUUAAUUUUAACUUUUUUACCUUAAUCACCAUCCUGGCCUCGUGGUUCCUCCUCCUCACCUGCAUCAUGUGCGUGUCCAGCCUGAUUCUGCUGCUGAGGGUCCAGUGCCGCUCCCGGCGCCGGCAGCCGCCCAGGCUCUACCUCCUGGUGCUGCUCACGGUCCUCAUGUUCCUGCUCUGCGACCUGCCCUGGGGCAUCUGGGAUUUCAUGAAUUUUUAUUCUAAAUUAGACGUCAGGCCUUCUUGGCUCUGUGACGCCCUGGCCUGUGUGAACAGCAGUGUGAACCCCCUCAUUUACUUCUUAGUGGGCAGACUAGGGAAUAAGAGGAGGGAGCCUCUCAGGGAGGUGCUGCAGAGGGCCCUUGGGCAUGAGCAGGGAUUAGGAGGUGGGACAACAAACACACACACCCACAUCAGCAGCCCAGAGACUACACUCUGAGCCUAAGAUGUUCAGACACAGCAGCCCUUGAAAUGAGGCACCUGCCCCAGACCCAGUAGCAGCUCCCCCCUCCCUGGGGGGAAAAUCAGGAUUCUCCUUUCAUUAUUUAUGUGGAUACCUAAGAUGGGAACUCUAGGCAAUGAACAUUUAUUAGGUGCCUAUUGUAUACCAGGCAGCAGGAUAUCCAAAAAAGACAAAACUCCAAGGCCUGAAAUGGGAAGAAUUGAGGUCACAUCUAGUCUAAGAAUGUAGCUGUAUAACCCUGCACAAGUCACUCAACUCUGCCUCAAUUUCCUCAUCUGUAAAAUGAACUAUCAAAAGAAAUGCAAAGCUCUCAAGUAUCUUUGUCCAGAAAACCUCAGAUAGGGUCAUAUGACUGAACAACAAGACUAUACCAGGAACUGUACUAAGCCCUUCAAAACAUCCCAUUUAGGGGCUGAUAGAUGCCACACUGGAUAGAGCAGCAGCCCUGAAGUCAG